AUUUUUAAUUUUCAUUAUUAAAAUUUCGAUUAUAUGGUAAUUUUUUUUAGUUACUAAACGAACUAAAUUUUUGGUGAUAUGCUCACCCUGACGGUAAAUUCAAGAAUAUAUAUGUUUCGAGCGCGACCCACCCGUGGAACGCGUUCGAUGAAAGAGUCGGCCGCGAGCCACCGGUGGUACGCGCCGGCGUGAACGUGUUAAUACGUAAUUUUAUUGAUAAAUUAUAUAUCCUAUUUUUAUUGAUAUACUUUUUAUUAAUAAAUUAUAUUGGAAGAUGUGAAUAAAUGUAAUAUGACAAUAGUAUAUCGAAUACAACGAGAGAGGCAGUCCAUUAAAUUGGAUCGACGGUCGGAAGCCACGAAAAGGAUUGCCGUCCGAUGCUCGACCUUUAACCGACAAUAUGGAGGAUGUACUCAAAUCAAAGGGCAUUUUUCGAGAGGUUCGUGUCAGUCUAGCACGAGAUAUAAAAAAAAAGAGACGGAAACGUUUCUACCGAGAAUUAAAAACACUGGGAGCAAUUGUUUUAAAAGAUUCCGAUCGACACAAGUCCACUCAUGUGAUUCACGAUCGUAAAGAAAUUCCGUCGACAAUUCUCAAGGAUUUUCACGAUAUUCCAAAAAGUGCAAGACACGUAAACUCAUCGUGGGUGGAAGAAUCUGCUGCGUCAUCGGAAAUGAAGGAUAUUUGUCCGUAUGCAGUAACAUUAGCUGCGGAUUAUUGUAACUGUCCUUGCAGCUGUACCCACUAAUGAUGAACGAGCAUCAAUUCAAAAUAUCUUUUGUCAUAUUAUUGAUUUUCCUCGAGUUCCGACGAGCUUUUGUCUCUUAUUUCAUUAUUAUGGAGAUAUAGAAACAUUUAAUUAAUGAAUUCAAAAUAAC